AUGAACUCUUUUCUUCACUCGGCUGAGGCUAUUUCUCGCGAAUGUAUUCCACCUCUCACGGGAAUUGCACGGCGCUGGAGUUCCCCAUCCGCCCCACUGGAUUGGCAAACUCACAAUAAGCGCUGGGCCGAUGAUAUUUUCCAGGACUACACAACAUCUUCGGGGACCGAUGCAGAUGAACAGAACAAGGCCUGUAGGGAGCUGCAGAAUCUCACUCAAAACUGUCUCGAUCACUUUUACGUUCAAGAAACGCCGCACUGCUUCAUGGCUUGCUCUCACGAUGUCUGCGAAGCAUAUAUGAUCAGCCACUUAAACGACAAUCGCGUUCGAGAACACGCGUGUAGUCAGUGCACCAAGUCGGCGCCUCGAGUGACAGUUGGCAAUACAGAGACGAGACCACGGCCUAGUGAUAAUGCACGCCUUGGUCAGUAUUCUCGAGAGAUUUACGGUAUGAUGCAGGGAGCGGUGUACGACCUCAUGAGCAGUGGAAGAAUCGAGCCGUUCCCGGCAUACACUGAGAUCGAAUACAUCGAAGGGAUAUGUCCCUUCUCUUCAGAGCACGAGCACAUUGCUUCAGCGACAGAACUAAACAGCCACACUGCCAAUCGUCCAAGGGGCAAUCGCCCGCCUCCAUCAGAGUUCGUCAGCACCAUUCCCGUCACCCGUACCUCCUCCAUCGAUGUGCAAAGUCUCGCCGACAAAGUUCCCUCUCCACUUGGCGAUGGGUCGCCGUCCAGCGGUAGCCAUACUAUCAUUUCUACACAACCAUCGACACGACCAUCGACACAACCUUCCUCAGUCGACCUCAGUGCGACACGCAGACAGACUGCAGACUCGCUUGGCGGUAGACGUGUUCGUCGCAUGGAAUCAUGCUACUUCGGUGUCUCUGAGGACCAGACAGAUACAAAUGGGGAAUCUCUCAUCAGCAGGAUGGCAUGCAACUUGAGGGACGGCUAGCAGGUACAGAUAUUGCUGACAGACAUGAGUGCACGCGCUGCAUAACAAAGACUACCCCAGCCAUCACGAUACAAACACGAACACGAAGUAACGAUCCACAUUUCAUCUUUACCUGUGUAGUUACCUCCUCACGAAGCGUAACGGCUCUCCUCUCAUAUUCACUCAUGCGAUUCGAUCCUUAUGAUGGUCCUUUCAAACACUCUGCCAUCGAAAUGAUGCAAUCAUCAUCGACUAACGCGAUACAGAAAUUGCUUUGAUGCUGAUAGGCUAUAUCUCGUGUUUAAAGCUAAUAUUUAGUACGGACGUACAAAAGACCAAUCUUGUAAACUCCGAGUCUAAGUCCGAGUAGGUCGUUCCCUCGUCGUAUCGCUCGGUAGUUUGUGUCAGC